AAAAGGAUAACUCGCGUCGAAACAUUUUGUGGCAUAUGGUGAGAUAACUGUUGUUGGUUGCAGAUGCACGUAUUCCUUUCAGAUUUCGGCUAAGUUUCUGCAUUUAGUUUCUGGACAGAAUGCAAAGGAAAAGGCUGUCUUGACCGAUUAUCACCAAAGGAUAUGAGAAAGGAUGUGAUUUAUUUUGCUAAGUUGGCCACUUCCGGAAACUUGAGUUUAUUUUUUUUACCCGAAUAAAAAUAGGAUACGCAUGUGUAACUGAAUGCUGCAUUUGUGAACGAUUUUGUUAUUUCAUAAACAGUGUUCGUUUAGAUAUUUUGGUUAGUAAGUGAUUUGGUUGGAACUGUCUAGUCAAAAACCGUUACUAUCAUGGGCAAUAGUAAGAGUCAGCUAACGAAAUCUGAAUUACAAUAUUACAAAGAAUUGACUUAUUUAACAGAAAGAGAAAUACAAUAUGCUUUCAAGAGAUUUAAAAACUUGCAUCCUCGAAUUCUAAAUAAAAAUAAGCUUGCAAGAAUUCCAGUUGAAAUUAUUAAAAGAAUGCCAGAAUUUCAGAAUAAUCCGUUUACUGACCGCAUAUGUGAAAUAUUUUCUUCUGAAAACGAUGGGUUGUGGUCUUUUGAAGACUUCUUAGACAUGGUUUCAGUUUUUAGUCCUGCAACACCUCCCGAGAAGAAAGCAGAAUACGCCUUUUGUAUUUAUGAUUUCGAUGGAGACGGUUUCUUAUCAAAAGAGGAUCUGACGAAACUGAUCACAGCUCUGACUGCUGGUGAGAUACUUACGGAGGAAGACAUACAGGUCGUUGUUGAUAAAACUAUGGAAGAAGCAGAUAUUGAUAAGGACGGAAUGUUAUCACCCGGAGAAUUUAAGCAUGUUUUGUUGAAGUGUCCAGACUUUGCAAGGAGUUUUGCCAUACGGAUAUGAUCACUGAUGUGAUAAUCAAAAUCAGUGUAAUUCAAAUUUGUUGAUUUUAUACUAGGCAACUCUUCCAUUUACCAAAGAAUCAAUUAGUUCAAAUAGAAAAACUGUUUUAACUGUGUAGAGCACAGUAUUUAUUCACAUAAACAAGUUCAGAUAAUUUAUUUUUGUAUAUAAAACUUCAACAUAUCAAUGCUGUACAAAGAAUACAACUGAUUCAAUUUUUGUAAUAUAA